ACGAACUUGUCAAGAAAAACAGGCAUUCAUUAUCACGUAUUGUGGACUGUAUUAAGUUUUGCGGGGCUCAUGAACUCUCUUUACGUGGAUCUGAUGAAUCUUCCACUUCGCUUAAUCGGGGCGUGUUUCUGGACCUCGUUGACCAGUUCUCCUUUUUAGACAGCCAGUUAGCUGAUCACCUGUCAAACACACAGGUUGCAAAGUACACGUCAAAAACCAGCCAGAAUGAGUUGCUGGACUGCAUGCUAUCAGUUUAUGAAAAGAAACUGGGCGAUGAAAUAUCGCAAGCACCGUUUGUGGCUGUGCAAGCUGAUGAGACGACAGAUGUGGCGCGUGUCAGCCAGUGCGUCAUUGUGCUCCGUUACGUCACCGAAUGUUCUGCUGUGGAGAGAUUUCUUUCUUUUUCUCCGUUAGUGGACAGAACUGCAGAGGGGUUUGAAAAACUUCUGAGAGAAAAACUCCAGCCAUAUAAACUGGAAAGUAAACUGAUCGCACAAACGUAUGAUGGGGCUGCUGUUAUGAGCGGCGCAGCGUCGGGCUUGCAGGCCAGAUUAAAGGAGACGUUUCCUCACGCGCACUUUGUGCACUGUUAUGCCCAUCAGCUGAACCUAAUAAUUCAACAGGCCUGCUCAUGCCUCACACCAGUCAGAAUUUUUUUUGCAAACUUAACAGCCUUUGCAACGUUUUUCGCCAAGUCUCCCAAAAGAACUGCGGUUCUGGAUGAAGUUUGCGGGAUUAGGAUUCCCGAGUCGGGACAAACAAGGUGGAACUUCAAGAGCCGCACAGUCCACACAGUGUUCGAGCAACAAAACGGUCUGAAGGCAUGUUUUGAAAAAAUACAAAACAGCCAGUCCUGGGACAGCGUGUCCGUCCAACAAGCCCACGGUCUGUCCACAUUACUGGAGGAUGAAGACUUUAUUUUCUUUUUAGAGUUUUUCCACGCCGCUCUGAUGCAUGUCGAUAUUUUCUACAACACCCUUCAGAAACGAACCACGGAUCCCCUGAAUACUGGACAAGCCCUGAUGAAUUUCUCCAGGUCCAUAACUGGACUGAGAGAACAGCUGAUCAAAGAUGACUGUCAUCCAAACGCGCCACGCAGGAUGCAGAGGUCUGGCUGCGUGUCGGUGGCCACGCAGUGCUGCAGCAUCAUGAUCGAGCAGUCCAAAGCUCGCUUUGAAAAAGCCCGACACCUAAUGUCGUUUGAACUGAUAAACCCGGAGCUGUUCUCACAGUUUAAGGCCAGUUUCCCCCAACAACAGCUGGAUGUCGCAUGUGAACAUUUUCCAAUGAUCUGCAAGGAGAAACUAAAGGGUGAGCUGAUGGUGAUGUACAGCAGUGCGGAGUUUGCGGUGUUAACGUCUGCAGUGACACUUUUGAAAAUGUUGAUAGAGAAUAAUCUUCAAAACACUUUCUCUGAAACUCUGAAACUGACACAAAUAGCCAUCACAACCCCGAUGACAUCAGCAGAGUCAGAGAGGUGCUUCAGCACCUUGAAGAGGAUAAAGUCUUUUCUGAGAAGCACUAUGGGACAGGACAGACUGAACGCACUGGCCGUGCUUUCUAUUGAGCGGGACUUCAUUCAGAAAUCACCUGACUUCAAUGAGAUGGUGAUCAACCUGUUUGCAUCUCAGAAAAAUCGUCGUGCUGAACUCCUCUUCAAAUGAGGUAAACCAUCCUUGUUCAUGUCUCAAAACAC